CUAAUGGACACCAGGACGGCUACUGCAGAGCUGGGCUGGACAGCCAAUCCCACCUCAGGGUGGGAAGAAGUCAGUGGCUACGAUGAAAACCUGAACACCAUCCGCACCUACCAGGUGUGCAAUGUCUUUGAGCCCAACCAGAACAACUGGCUGCUCACCACCUUCAUCAACCGGCGGGGGGCCCAUCGCAUCUACACAGAGAUGCGCUUCACUGUGAGAGACUGCAGCAGCCUCCCCAAUGUCCCAGGCUCCUGCAAGGAGACUUUCAACUUGUACUAUUAUGAGACUGACUCAGUCAUUGCCACCAAGAAGUCAGCCUUCUGGUCUGAGGCCCCCUACCUCAAAGUAGACACCAUUGCUGCAGAUGAGAGCUUCUCCCAGGUGGACUUUGGGGGAAGAUUGAUGAAAGUCAACACAGAAGUCAGAAGUUUUGGGCCUCUUACUCGGAAUGGUUUUUACCUCGCUUUCCAGGAUUAUGGAGCCUGUAUGUCUCUCCUUUCUGUCCGCGUCUUCUUCAAAAAGUGUCCCAGCAUUGUGCAAAAUUUUGCAGUGUUCCCAGAGACCAUGACAGGGGCAGAGAGUACAUCUCUGGUGAUUGCUCGGGGCACAUGCAUCCCCAACGCAGAGGAAGUGGAUGUGCCCAUCAAACUCUACUGCAACGGGGAUGGGGAAUGGAUGGUGCCCAUCGGGCGCUGUACCUGCAAGCCUGGCUAUGAGCCCGAGAACAGCAUAGCCUGCAAGGCCUGCCCUGCAGGGACAUUCAAGGCCAGCCAGGAAGCUGAAGGCUGCUCCCACUGCCCCUCCAACAGCCGCUCCCCUUCAGAGGCGUCUCCCAUCUGCACCUGCCGGACUGGCUAUUACCGAGCGGAUUUUGACCCCCCAGAAGUGGCAUGCACUAGUGUCCCAUCAGGUCCCCGCAACGUCAUCUCCAUUGUCAACGAGACUUCUAUUAUUCUGGAGUGGCACCCACCGAGGGAGACAGGUGGGAGGGAUGAUGUGACAUACAACAUCAUCUGCAAAAAGUGCCGGGCAGACCGUCGGAGCUGCUCCCGCUGUGAUGACAAUGUGGAGUUUGUGCCCAGGCAGCUGGGACUAACUGAGUGCCGUGUCUCCAUCAGCAGCCUGUGGGCCCACACCCCCUACACCUUUGACAUCCAAGCCAUCAAUGGAGUCUCCAACAAGAGUCCCUUCCCCCCACAGCAUGUCUCUGUCAAUAUCACCACAAACCAAGCUGCCCCCUCCACUGUUCCCAUCAUGCACCAGGUCAGUGCUACCAUGAGGAGCAUCACCUUGUCAUGGCCACAGCCGGAGCAGCCCAAUGGCAUCAUCCUGGACUAUGAGAUCCGCUACUAUGAGAAGGAACACAAUGAGUUCAACUCUUCCAUGGCCAGGAGCCAGACCAACACUGCUCGGAUCGAUGGGCUGCGGCCCGGCAUGGUGUACGUGGUGCAGGUGCGUGCCCGCACUGUGGCCGGCUACGGCAAGUUCAGUGGCAAGAUGUGCUUCCAGACUCUGACUGACGACGAUUACAAGUCGGAGCUGAGGGAGCAGCUGCCCCUGAUCGCUGGCUCGGCGGCAGCCGGGGUGGUGUUCAUCGUGUCCUUGGUGGCCAUCUCUGUCGUCUGUAGCAGGAAACGGGCCUAUAGCAAAGAGGCUGUAUACAGUGACAAGCUCCAGCAUUACAGCACAGGCCGAGGCUCCCCAGGGAUGAAGAUCUACAUUGACCCCUUCACUUAUGAGGACCCCAAUGAAGCUGUCCGGGAGUUUGCCAAGGAGAUCGAUGUAUCUUUUGUGAAAAUUGAAGAGGUCAUCGGAGCAGGAGAGUUUGGAGAGGUGUACAAGGGGCGUUUGAAACUGCCGGGCAAGAGGGAAAUCUACGUGGCCAUCAAGACGCUGAAGGCUGGGUACUCGGAAAAGCAGCGUCGGGACUUUCUGAGUGAGGCGAGCAUCAUGGGCCAGUUUGACCACCCCAACAUCAUUCGCCUGGAGGGCGUGGUCACCAAGAGUCGACCUGUCAUGAUCAUCACAGAGUUCAUGGAGAAUGGUGCUUUGGAUUCUUUCCUCAGGCAAAAUGAUGGGCAGUUCACAGUGAUCCAGCUGGUGGGCAUGCUCAGGGGCAUCGCGGCUGGCAUGAAGUACCUGGCUGAGAUGAAUUACGUGCACCGGGACCUGGCUGCUAGGAACAUUCUGGUCAACAGUAACCUGGUGUGCAAGGUGUCUGACUUUGGCCUCUCCCGCUACCUCCAGGAUGACACCUCAGACCCCACCUACACCAGCUCCUUGGGAGGGAAGAUCCCCGUGAGAUGGACGGCGCCAGAGGCCAUCGCCUACCGCAAGUUCACUUCGGCCAGCGACGUUUGGAGCUAUGGGAUUGUCAUGUGGGAAGUCAUGUCAUUUGGAGAGAGACCCUACUGGGAUAUGUCCAACCAAGAUGUCAUCAAUGCCAUUGAGCAGGACUACCGGCUGCCCCCACCCAUGGACUGCCCAGCUGCUCUACACCAGCUCAUGCUGGACUGUUGGCAGAAGGACCGUAACAGCCGGCCUCGCUUUGCAGAGAUUGUCAACACCCUGGACAAGAUGAUCCGGAACCCGGCCAGUCUCAAGACUGUGGCAACCAUCACCGCCGUGCCUUCCCAGCCCCUGCUCGACCGCUCCAUCCCAGACUUUACGGCCUUUACCACCGUGGACGACUGGCUCAGUGCCAUCAAAAUGGUCCAGUACAGGGACAGCUUCCUCACCGCCGGCUUCACCUCCCUCCCGUUGGUCACCCAGAUGACAUCAGAAGAUCUCCUGAGAAUAGGGGUCACCUUGGCAGGCCAUCAGAAGAAGAUCCUGAACAGCAUUCAUUCUAUGAGGGUCCAGAUGAGUCAGUCACCAACAGCAAUGGCAUGAGAACUCUCGUUUUCUUGGGGAAGGAGAGGAAGGAAAGAAACUAGGGUCAAGAAGGAACCAGACAUUGACCAGUGUGGAAUGUACUGGAAAGAUGGGCUUCUCGACUGAGGAAUGCAUUUCCAUCCGUGAAGAAUGAACUGGACCUGUUGCACAUAGGCAACCUUCAUUUCUCAGCAGCAGCAACAUGUUUAAGGUGCCGUGGGAAACCAAAUAUAUGAUAAAAAUAUAAAAAGGUGAUGUUCAACAGAAGUGAAGACAAAACAGUAUGCAUCGGGAAUGAGAGUAAACCCAGCUCCCACCCUCAGUGGGCUGCAGUCAUCCGUCACCAGGAAGAAGGGAAGGAGGUGGAGGGAAGAAACAGAAGCAGUGUUCCAUUUUCUUCCUCACCAAUGACAUUCUUUCUUUUCUCCUUUUGUGCUCCUCCCCGAGAACCCCCUCCCUGUGCCCAUGCCCAUUUCCCUUUGCUCAUGACUCCUGUAGGGAUGUUUCUUCAAAC